UACAUAUAAACCCAACCAACUCUAUUCAAAUUCAGUUCCACAUUUUGUUCCAUAACAAUAAUUUAACUUAUGGGUAUCAAAAAAGUCGAAAUGGCUGCUUCUGAUCCUAUUCCUCUUGUUACACCAUACAAGAUGGGAAACUUCAAUCUUUCCCACAGAGUUGUUUUGGCACCACUCACUAGAACAAGAUCAUUCAACAACGUUCCUCAACCUCAUGCUACUCUCUAUUACUCUCAGAGAGCAUCUCAAGGUGGUCUUCUCAUAACAGAAGCUACUGGUGUCUCAGACACGGCUCAAGGCUAUCCAAACACUCCGGGUAUUUGGACAAAGGAACAAGUGGAAGCAUGGAAACCUAUUGUAGAUGCUGUUCAUGCGAAAGGCGGUGUCAUUAUCUGUCAGAUUUGGCAUGUUGGAAGGGUUUCAAAUUCAUGUUAUCAGCCUAAUGGGCAAACACCGAUAUCUUCUUCAGAUAAGUCACUCACAAGCAGUCAUGCCCAACAAUUCACUCCACCGAGAAGGCUAAGCACCGACGAAAUUCCUAAUAUUGUCAAUGACUUCAGACUUGCUGCAAGAAAUGCUAUCGAAGCUGGUUUCGAUGGGAUUGAAAUACAUGCGGCUCAUGGUUAUUUAAUUGAACAAUUCAUGAAAGAUGAAGUGAAUGAUAGAACAGAUGAGUAUGGUGGAUCCAUUGAGAAUCGUUGUCGAUUUGCUUUGGAAAUUGUUGAAGCUGCUGUGAAUGAAAUAGGGGCAGAUAAAGUUGGAAUAAGAUUAUCACCUUUUGCAGAACAUUCAGAAUGCGGAGACUCUAGUCCUAAAGAAUUAGGACUUUAUAUGAUUAAUGCUCUCAAUAAGUAUAAUAUUCUUUACUGUCACAUAGUGGAACCGAGAAUUAAAUCUGCUUGUGAAGUGGAUGAUAAUAGUCCUCACAGUUUGGUGCCAAUGAGAAAGGCUUUCAAUGGCACUUUCAUAGUUGCAGGAGGUUAUGACAGACAAGAUGGAAACAAUGCUGUUGCUGCAAACAAGACAGAUCUUGUUGUUUAUGGUCGUUUGUUCUUAGCUAAUCCAGAUUUGCCAAAGAGAUUUGCACUUGAUGCUCCUCUCAACAAGUAUAAUAGGGAGACAUUCUACACUUCUGAUCCGGUUGUUGGUUAUACUGACUAUCCAUUUCUUGAAUGAUGAAAAAUAUGUUGCUGAGUCCAAGGGUAGAACUUCCAUAUUAAAUAAUAAGUUUAUUUUUCCUCUUGCAUUUUUGUUUUAGUAGUGAAGUUGGUCACUUAAAUAAGAAAAAUGUUGCUUAUAGUAGUAUUUUUAUUGAUUCUUAUCAUACUUCUCUGCUAGGACAGACCAUGUGUAAAACUAUUAUGUACCUGAUAUUUUAAUACCAUAUGAGCUUUGUGUUAAUAUGAUGAUUAUUUUAGA